CUUAGGCUCUGAGUGCGUACCUCAGUCUGACUCGGUUGGCGUUUGGAGGUGGAGGUUGUAUGGUAGCGCUUUUAAAACGCGUCGGCAAUUAUUUGCGGAAACUGUGAUUGGCUUACAAAAAUAUUCAAUAAAAUUUAAUGAGAUGUAUUUAUAAUAAACUUAUUCUCGGAAUCAGACAUAUAAACAGUUUUGUGUAAAAGUGUGAGGCUUUACAUAAGUGAAAUAAGGAAAAAAUGUUUUUCCCCGUAGUGCCAAUGUUUAGGCUUAUCAAGCUGAGUAUUGGCAUCUGCGUUGCUCUCUACGUAUUUGCAAUAAAUGCUGUUUUCGUCAGCUAUGGUGUGUGCAAUACACCUUACGGAUUGAAAGGUCAUUGCGUGCCCUUAUCAGAGUGUCCGACGCUCUAUGACUUAGUCACUAGUAAUUUAAACGAACAAGUAAUUCAAUUCCUUCGUCAAAGUUACUGUGGCUUUGAUACUAAUGCAACUGUGGGACAGGAUAAGACACGCGUUUGCUGUUUAGAUAAUCCGAAUGCAGAGAAACCUCAAGCAGAAUCGGGUACAAUUCUGCCUUCAAAAGGAGCUUGUGGACUCACUUUCAAUACACGGAUUUUUGGCGGCGUUGAUACAGAACUGGGCGAUUAUCCAUGGUCAGCAUUGAUAAAGUAUCAAAGACCUUACAACGCCACAGCACUUAACUGCGCCGGCGUGCUCAUCAACCGUCGAUACGUGCUCAGUGCAGCACACUGUCUGAGAAACCCCAGCAUACCGACUACAUGGAAACUCGAUAGUGUACGCCUCGGCGAAUGGAACAUCAGCUCUAAUCCCGAUUGCAUACAAACUGCCGACGGGCAUAGCAGGUGCGCAGAUCCAUAUGUGGAGGUAAAGAUUGAACGCAUCAUCAUACAUGACAAGUACAUACCACACUCACAAUCCGAAUUCUAUGACAUUGCAUUGAUACGAUUGGUAGAGAGUGUGAGCUACUCGGACAUGAUACGUCCCAUCUGUCUGCCAACAACAAACGAAUUACGACAGUUGACAUUCGAAAAUGAAUAUGCCGACGUGGCUGGUUGGGGCCGUACGGAAGUUAGUGCAUACAGCACAGUAAAGAAGAAAAUCUCGCUAUUAAUUUGGCAUACGGAUGCGUGUGUGGCGAAAUUCGAAACUAUCAAUAUUCCAGUUAAUCGAACGCUGCAAUUGUGCGCAGGUGGGCAACCGCUGCAGGAUACAUGCCAAGGUGAUUCUGGUGCGCCACUGACAAUGCGUGGUCGAGAUAUGGAUGCGCCAUAUUUUGUAGUCGGCAUUGUGUCAUUCGGUAUGCAGCCAUGCGGUUUGGAGUCUUGGCCGGGCAUUUAUACGCGCGUAACGCACUAUAUUGAUUGGAUAGUAAAAAAUUUGGAGGACUGACCUGAGUGUGCUGGGUGGAUGUGUGUGUGUGUGCAGUGGAAAUAUGUAAAUAGUUGUUUAAAUUAAUUAUAUAGUUUAAAACAGUACUAAAUUAUUGUUUAACGA